AGGCGAGGUUUGUUUUGUUAUGGCUGCGUGUUUUUUUAAGGUUAUAACUUGUAUGUGUUUUCAAAAUGAGUAAAUAUUAUCAUAUUGUUCCGUGGUUCAAUAGUCAAGAGUGGCUUCAAGUUUAUGAAAAUUUGUAUAUUACUUUCAAUAAAGAAGAAGCACUUCAUUUAAUGUUAAUUUGGAAAGCAAGAUGCCCUUCUUUGCCAUCUGGUAUAGAAUCGACAUUAUCACUAUUACAAGUGUCAAUACAAGAUGAAACUGAAAGUAAUAUUGCCAAUGACCAGUUACUCCGACUGGCAUAUUCAUCUGCUGUUAUGCGGUUUGUAAACCAUAUGCUCGACACUGAAACCGCUAAAGGUAGCAGUUUGUAUCAAGCUGCAAGGAACUUGGGUGUACCAGAUUGGAUUAUAGAUUUACGACACGAUACUGCUCAUAGUAAUAAUUUGCCUUCCAUAGAAUUACUAAGGGAAGCAACUCAAAUAGGUUUAGAUUGGCUUGGGAAAAAUUAUUGGAUUAAAUAUAAAGAAUGUAUCCAAGAUUUUAUAACCGGUGAUAGAUCACAUUCAUUUACAACGGAAACAAACAAAAUUGCAUCUGUUAUUCAAUUCUGUACGUCCCUUAGCUUUUGUUCUCAUUCCAAAUGCAAAUUCAAGAGUUUGUCAGAAAUUCCUGAUGCAAGUAUGAGAGAAACUCUAGUCAAUGAUGCAAAAGAAUUAUUUGGAGAUCAAUAUGAUUUUACAAAUUUGAAAACGGUAUCAGUCCAAUCUUUGGUUGAUAUUUUGAACAUGAGAUCUAAGAGCUUACUCAGAAAUAAGGAUGUCAUUGUACUUGCUAAUCAAGCUUUACUUGGACAAGAUUCCUUAUUUCUUUCUAUGGAACUUUCAACUUUUAUGGGCAAUGAUGAUUUUGAACACAAGAAGAGGCUAUCACCAAGUUAUGUGAAAUGUUUUGAAUUGCUACUGACUUUUUUACAUUCAAAUGAUAUGUUAUUGGAUUUUUUAUUAGAAUUAAUUGAGAUUACAAAUAAGAGUGAUAAUGAUGAACACAAAUGUUUAUUAGCAGCAUUAUGGUGUUCAGAAAUCUUAAAAGCUUUAGAAAAAUCAAAGUGUUUCAUAGAAAAAUUGAAAAGAUUGGGCUCAACAGAUGUUCAGACUAAAACAAAUGAAGAAUUAAGGUCUCUUUAUCAUCAUUGGUUUCCUAAUCAAAAAGUAAAUGGUCUUUUGUUGGACAUGCAAAAAUCAGUUCCAUCUCAACUGAAGAACAUUCAAUUUUUGCAACCAAUUAUAACAACAUAUAAUGAAUAUUUACAAUUCUUUAUAAAGGAUCUCCUAAAUUUAGUGGAACCUAAAUUACCUAACAUUGUGACAGAUAAUAUAUGCAACUUAUCAAAAUUGAUAUCAUCACCAAACAAUUUUCAGGCAGGAACAGUAUCAACAAAAAUUUAUACCAUAGAAGACUUAACAGUAGAGGAAGUGAACAAAUCACUAGGUAAUAACAAAUGUGAUUCAUCAACAGGUAUUCUAUCUACUUCUAUAGAAAAACCAAUGUCUACCAGUAUUGGCAUAUGGAAACAGUCUUCUGGACAUCAUGAUUGGACGAAAUGUCCUAUAGGCCUAGUACCAUGGCAGUAGUGUUUUUAUUUAAUUUUUAGAAUGUUGUACUAUGAAAAUAAAAUAUGAUUUUCACAGCAAUUAUUUAUUUUUUUUAUAAUUUGUAUACAGGUGUAAUGUUUUGGUUACAUUUCAUAUCUCGACACAUUACAAGAAUCCUAAAAUUAAAUUGAACAAUAUACACAUUAUAUAUUACAAGAUUCAUUAAUGAUUAACAUAUAGGAAACCUCACAGUCAAAUAACAUACAGAAUUAUAAAAUGACAACUUGUAAACAGCAUAGCAUAGGUAUGUAUUGGUCCUUAGAAAUACAACUAUAGAUCUAGUAUACACGGCAAGCAAUUAUUUCUAAACUGUAGAAAUAUCAAAGUAAUAUCAUGUAUAAAAACCACAUCUGCUCUACUCUAACAUUUGUAUAGCAGAAAUUUCUUAAAAAAACUAGCUUGUUAAAAGAAUCAAGUAUGUAUAUGAAAAAUACUUAGUUAUAUCACUUUCACAAAAAUUUUACAAUUUGGUUUAAAAUAGAGGAUUGUUUAAUAGAAUUUGUUUCCCUAAGAAUUUCAUAUAUGGGUAAAAUUUUCAAAGUCCAAACCCAACAUUUAUUACAAGCAGGGCUUGAAACCUUAUUUAAAAUGGUUCUCCAGACAUUAAUAUGGUCUAAUCUGGUAUGUAAUUUCACAAAUGGUGGUAUCGUUUAAUUUACUAUAAGCUUAAUACAGACAUAUUUUUCUACAAUUGUUUUUUUUAAUAUAUAAUACAUCAGGUUUUGUCUUAACAGGUUUCAAGCCCUAUAUACUGUAAUACUUAUAAAUGAAAUGAAACAGGCACCAGUUAGGAUCAAAUCAAUUUAUGAAAUUGAAAUCAUAAUUGACAGGCACUUCGUAAACUAAAUUAGCUGAUAGCCAUUACAAAAGUCAAUAGUCACAGUACUUUCUAAAAGUCACUAAGCUAUAUAAUAAUAUUUACAAAACGGAACUCGCGCGUUCUAUCUACACACAAUUCUAUUUUUAGUGUUGAUACUCCUAGGCAAAGUCACAUUGCACAUAUUUAUUGACAUUAUUACCAAAUAACUUAUAUCAAAUUACAUUAUCAUUGAGUAUGUCUGUUAUUGGGGCAUUUCCUAACGUUCUGUUAAAAAUAAUUACGUCUUACUAAAAGCUAUAUAUAAAUAAACGUGAAAGCAUAAUAUAUGUAGAUUUAACAAUAUUAGUAUUAAAAAGAAUCAACGUCACCAGCCACAAGAAAGCCUGCUAAAAUCAAUUUAGUUUCGAAAGGCACAGGUAAUACAGUAUAGAUUUUGCUCACACAACUUUUUAGUACUAACGAAUUCGAUCUCGCUAUGCACAUUCUCAUUGCAAAGUUUGGUUUAAAAUAAGACAACCUUUUAAAAUGUUCCUUGAUUUAGAACAGCUGUGGUGAGAUUCUUUCUGUAUGUAUUAAUAAAUAUGUAUCAUAUUUUUGUUAUAAUUAUAACAAUAAGGCAAAAUUAUUAAAAUAUUGAGCAUACAAAUAAUCUAAUGAAUAUUAGAAAAAACCUUAAUUCAAAUAAGUAGUCACAGAAACAUUCGUUGUUUGAAUAAUAAACAGUUUAAAACUAAAGAAAAAAGAGGAUAAAAUAUUUGUGACUUAUUACAAUAUAAAAUCAAUAGCUUAUCAGUAGACAGUCUUUUUGAUUAAGAAAGCAAUAUAAUAAAAGAUAAAAUAAGGUACGCAUAUUUUGGAUAGAAACGUGAAGGUACGUAUUAUAUUCACAGAAUGUCAUACUUUCGUUUUAUAUAAAAUGUAUGGCAACAGUGAUAAAAAUGUGUCAUGGUGUAAUUAUAUGAGGGUUCAACGUUCGUUUUAAAAUUCGUGUGUCUAUCAACAUUAAAAAUAAUACCUAAAAUAAAUGUAUCAAUAAGAAGUUAACGAAGUAUGAAGUUAACUGAAAUCGGAUAAAAGAUAUAUAUUUCGAUGGGACCAAAAAUUUUAUCAACAUCACCGACACAAGUUUACAUAUUGUAGGUAUGUAUAUCAAGAAACGAAUUAUAUAUAACAAUAUGUGUUUUUGAUAGACUAGUAAUCGAUAAAAUCAAACCUAACUAAAACAAACUUGGAUGUAUGUAUCGUCGGCGCUUCAUUUGACUUUAGCGUAAUCAUGUAGUUGUGAAGCUAUGAGCCUAUUACAGGUAACUAUCAUGAAUAACGAACGUUCAUAUAACGCGAUCGAUUCAAAAUAUUUACUCUUUGAACUCGCCCUCAAGCACUCUGUCAAAUAUGGGGUCGCAGAGUUCG